GCGGCGGCGGCGACUCACCCGCCUCCCCACAGACGCCCCUCUACGAUGAGGACACCUCACAGCCGCUGGAGGAGUUCCCGGCGCGGUACACCGGCGACGGCUGGGAGAUGAUGCUCCGCCACCCGGCGAAGAAGAAGCUAACGGCCAAUCGCUACUGGAAGAAGGUCUGGGUGCGCUUCAUCCCCGAGGGCUGCAUCCUGCAGCUGUUCAAUAAGCGUGAGGACGUGCAGCCCUUCCAGGAGCUGCCCCUGCAGGCCAGUUACUCGCUGUCGGAGGUGUGCGCCCAGCAGUACGACCAGUACGGGAAGAUCUUCACCAUCAAGGUGCAGUACAUCUUCUACCGGGAGCGGGUGGGAGUGCGGCCGGGGCAGAUUGCCAAGGUGAUGCAAGGGCAGAUCCAGUCGAUGGGCGACUUUGCGCGGCUCGGAAUGCCGGUGGAGCACGCGCCGCAGGUGAGCGAACUCCUCAAGAUUGGCAGCCUCGACUGGGCGGAGGUGAAGCAGCUGGUGACGGCGGUGGAGGAGGCGAUGUUCCGCCUGGCGGUGCACCGCGACCGGGCGCUCACCUACCGCACCGAGGAGAUCCAGUGCGUCGUCCAGGAUGAGCUGUACGUGGAGCAGUCGAAGAUUGGCGUCAUCGAGAAGCAGCUGGCCAGGGUGCGCGUCUUCUUUCUCGCCUUUCUCAACGGCAUCCCCGCCAUCGAGGUGGGCGUCAACGACCUUCGCCGGCAGGGCAAGGAGGUGGUCGGCCGGCAUGACAUUCUGCCCGUCGUCACCGAGGAGUGGAUUCGCGUGGAGGCGCCCGAGUUUCACGCCUGCGUCCAGUCGGAGGUCUUCGAGCAGUCGCAGGUGGUGAAGCUGAUUCCCCCGGACGCCUGUCACUUUGAGCUGAUGCGCUUUCGGAUUCGGCCGCCGAAGAACCGGGAGCUGCCGCUGCAGGUGAGCGCCUACAUGAACAUCACCGCCUCGAAGAUGGAGCUGAAGUGCGACAUUCUGGUGCCGGGCUGCAUCAGUCGCAAGCACGGGCAGAUUCCCUGCGAGGAGAUUGCCAUUCGCUUUCACAUACCGGAGUGCUGGAUCUACUUCUUUCGCGUGGAGAAGCACUUUCGCAUGGGCGCCGUGCACUCCACCAACCGGCGAUCGGGCAAGCUGAAGGGCUUUGACCGCUUCCUCGGCACGGCGGCCAACCCGGAGCCGCAGCUGAUCGAGGUGACGGCCGGCCAGGCAAAGUACGAGCACGCAUAUCACUCUAUCGUCUGGCGCAUUCCUCGACUACCCAAGGAUGGACAAGGAGCUUACACGCAGCAGUUCAUGAUUGUCCGCCUGCCGCUCUCCUCCUUUGACCGCAUUCCCGAGACCUUCUACGACUACGUGCACGUGGAGUUUCACAUGCCCUCCACCACCGUCUCCCACACGACGCUCAGAUCGAUCUCGAUAGCGGCCGGCGGCGGGGAGAAUCCGCCGGAGAAGUUUGUCCGCUACAAUGCCAAGUACGAGUACAAGAUUGCCCUCAGCAUCACCUACGACGACAGCAAACCGGAGCCGGAGUACGUGGCCGCCGUGGCGCUCAACAAUGGCUCGGUGAAGAGCAGUUCGGGGGGAGGAGGUGGUGGAACUUCGGAGACUGCUGGACAGAGCAGUGAAGAUGAGGAUGAGGCGGUGGUUGAGGCGGGGGCGGGGGCGGUGGCCGCAGCUGUGGAGGUCGCCGAGUAG